AUGCUGGGGCUGCAAUCAGCUCUUGUUUCGUUACUCUUUAUAUUGGCAGGUAAAUUUUUUUCGUUUUUUCGAAUAAAAUUUUAUUUUUCACCCAGCGAAGAUCAUAAGUUAAUGAAUAAUUAUAAGUUAGAUUUAACAUCAAAAUUUUCCCGAUUUCGAAUAGAAAUUUCGUAAUUUCUCAAUUUAUUUCAGCACUAUUCCCAAAAUGUUUUAACUUCAAGUAUUCCAUCGACAAUUUCAUACAUUUUCUUCAGUAUAUCACUUGUUGUAACGCUAAGGAAGAAAGACAAAAUUCGAUAAUUUUUAUUUACUCUAUGCGUAGAAGCAUUCCAUACGAAAAAUUGAAUGAACAGCGUUUUUUAAAUAAAGGUGAAAUACCCCUAUAGGGACCACUCAAGAUUUAAAGGCAAAGGAAUCAGACCCGAAACCCUUAUAGGGACCACCUUCCUUUUACCCCUAUAGGGACUCCUUUUUCGGCCCCUAUAGGGACUGUUGUCCUCCUAACCCCUAUAGGAACCCCUCUGGAGCUCCUAAAUGAUUGAGGCUUGUAGAUGGCGCCCUUGAAGUGGACGUUGCAAGCGGCGGACGUCGAGGAGUCGACGAGAGCAUCCCUGUCAUAGAAAUCCGAGGGGAAGGGAAGCCGAUGAGUGCAGCUCAGAUCCGGCACCUCGAAGAAAUCAGCAACGGAGGUCCUUUAGACAUAAAGGUAAAGGAUAUAUUCGAAAUAUCACUUUUUUUUUUCGACAGGUUGAAAAAACGUUUGUCCCGGCAAAGUGUGUAGCAGCGGCGAAACGCAAAGAUUUCGUUUCCUUCCACUACAAGGUAAUUUCUCUGUCAAACUAGUUAUUCAUCUCAACCACCACCACUUUUUCUGAUGACCCAGUAACCUACUGUUUGAGGCGUUUACCGAAGACGGGAAGAAAGUUGAUCAGACCUACGGAGUUGGCCCUGUCACCAUCCAGCUUGGGACGGGAAUGGUUAUACCUGGACUCGACAAGGUACAGAGCUCAAAGUAACAAAUAGAGAAUUUCUCUUUAGGGACUGAGAGGAAUGUGCUCCGGAGAACUACGGAAAAUCCAAGUGCCCUACAGAUUGAGCCGCAAAGCGAAGAGCCGAGGUUAUUUGUGAAGAAGAGGACUUUUUAACUUCGUUUUUCAGUGUGGAAAAACAUUCCGAACGACGAGCACUGGCUGACGUUCGACGUGGAGAUGAUCCAUGUGCAGCCGUACUCCGAAGACGGCCAGUUCAGCUUCCUCGACAUGAACAACGACACGCGGCUCGACCAAAACGAGGUCCCAGAGAUAUUUCUUCGAAAAACUCGACUCUUUCAAGGUCGUUGGAUGGCUUCAGCGGAUGAAAAAGGAGUACGGUAAGUCGUGGAAAAACGAGGACAUCGACAACGUCAGUGCUGCUAAAUAUUACAUAAAGUUUGUAUCAUCUUGUCGUGUACUCCUACAAUCCUGACUUCAGGUAUUUCGAUGUUAACGGAGACGGAAAAGUUGAGAAAAGAGAGUGGUUGGUCGUGAUGCGACGCGACGAAGAUCUCAUGGCUUCUCGCACGGAUCUCUCUUCCAAGGAAAAAGGUCGACGAAGAGAUCCCGGGGUCGCUUGGAUUCUGGAUUUCAACAACGACGGCGUCGUCUCUUACAAAGUCUUAUUUUUCAAGUUCAUCCAAACCAACUUUAAUGCUUCAGGAAGUUGACGAAGCAGAUGAACUGAUCGAAAAAGGACCAACUCUUCUACCUAUUUUCAAGGACGAGCUCUAG